AUGACGACCAUCGCUCCCCUUGGGCUGCGCUUGAACACCGUCUCCUCGUUCCGGGCCCAGCCUUACCGCCAGCAGGAAUACAUCUCCUGCGUUAACAACUGCGACUCGGAAUCCUGUUCAAAGGAGGAGCAACGCGAACCACUGGACCUGUCGCUGCGACUUACCAAGUGGACAUGCAUCGACAACUGCAGAUACCUCUGCAUGCACUCCAUCACUGAUAAUGCCAUCGAACAGAACCUGCUCGUCCACCAGUACCACGGCAAGUGGCCCUUCCACCGCUUCCUCGGCAUGCAGGAACCCGCCUCGGUCCUCUUCUCCCUCCUCAACGGGUACAUGCACGUCCUCGCCUGGCCCCGCCUUAAACGCGCCAUCCCAGAAAACUACUACAUGCGACCCUUCUACCUCGGAUACGCCAUCAUCGGCACCAACACCUGGCUCUGGUCUGCCGUCUACCACUCGCGCGACUGGCCCAGUACAGAGAAGCUCGACUACUUUUCCGCAGGAACCGCCGUCAUGUACGGACUCUUUUACACCGUCAUCCGCGUUACUCGCAUGGUCAACACCCGGUCUCAAUUCGCCUGGGGUUUGAUCUGUCUGGUCCCGCUUUUGCUCCACAUUGGAUACUUGACCUUUGUCCACUUUGACUAUGGAUACAACAUGGCUGCGACGGCGACAAUUGGUGGCAUUCACAACCUGUGGUGGAUCUGUUGGAGCAUCUUUAACUGGCGGGAGAGACCCUAUGCCUGGGAACCCACUGUCUCCGGUCUUUUGCUUACCUCAGCCAUGUGUCUCGAGAUUCUGGACUUUGCGCCUCUUUGGGGUAUUCUGGAUGCUCAUUCCCUGUGGCACGCUGCUACGAUCCCCCUGAUUCCUCUGUGGUACCGCUUCCUCCUCAAGGACACCGAAUGGGAAGUCCGCAACAUGAAAGGCGUCCUCCGCACCUCCCACCGCGAUUAG